CGACAAGGCUGAAGGUUGAAAAUGGCCUGGUACAGAAAGUCAAGCCGGGCAUAUAAAUAAAUUCACCAGCUUUCUGGCCUCCAUAUGGCAGCCAUGACUUUCGUAUUACCCGGCGAUCAUAUCGAUUCGGAAUUACUUCCCUCGCAUCCUACUCUACCUAUCAAGCUUGGCCCAGGUCUAAGGCACAUCCCACCGAAUACCAUCACUCCAGUUGUCGCGGGGCAGCUAUGCACAGACACCAGAAAGAAUUCCAUAUGGGUAGAGUUUAAUGGCGGCCGAUAUAUUCCAACCGUUGGAGACCUUGUGAUCGCCACAGUCCACCAUUCAUCCGUCGACGUUUAUUAUGCCAGCAUCACAGACUACACCUCAUAUGCCUCCUUACCACAACUCUCCUUUGAGGGCGCAACCAAGAAGAACAGACCGGUGCUUGUUCAGGGCUCCCUGAUCUAUGCGCGUGUCUCGCUGGCCAACAAGCACAUGGACCCGGAGCUAGAAUGCGUGUCUUCGUCGACAGGGAAAUCUGAUGGCCUGGGGCUGCUAACCGGAGGCAUGCUCUUCACCGUAUCUCUCGUCAUGGCCAGGCGAUUGAUGAUGCCGAAGCCUACUGAACAAGGAAAACUUGUUGUGCUGGAAGAGUUGGGAGACGCUGGAGUGGCAUUCGAAAUCGCGGUUGGCAGAAAUGGAAAGGUCUGGGUUAACAGCAAGAACCCAAAGACGACACUAGCAGUAGGAAAGGCUAUUCAGGAUACGGAUGACAAGGGGUUAAGCAUGGAUGAGCAAAAGAAGUUAGUUAAGAAGCUUGUUAAAGAUUUGUAGAUGAUUUCAGGGCCUGGCAGGAGAGUUCGGAGUUUUGAGGGACUGGUUUGAUAUCACUGGGGUUUAUGGUGGGAUGUAUAUAUCCAGAAUGUUCGAGAAAUGGUCUGCACAGUCUAAAUAUUGAUAUAUAUCC